AUGAAAUUCCCACCAGAGAUGCCCUCGCCUAACUUGAUGUCGAAGUUGAUCAAACUUGACCUGAAGCCAAACAUUUAUCCGGGUUACCACGCCACGAUUAUCAUGAAAGAUUUGGAUUUUAGUAAGUUUGGGCUUUUGCCUCGAUGGGCUAAAGAUUUUAAGUUUAGUUCUUAUACCUAUAAUGCGCGAACUGAAACUGUAGCUGAAAAGCCAAGUUUUAGACAUGCAUGGAAGUACAGUAAAUUCUGUCUUGUGCCGGUGCAAGAGUUUUACGAGCCUAAAGCCUAA